AUGGGUUUCAUCGGCGGCGGCGGAAGUUCCAAUGGGCAGACCGUUCCAGUGUCUCUUGUCUUGCUGCUCCUCGCUCUCGCGUUUGCUGGCGGGAAGGCCCAGAUAGUCCCGGCGGUCAUAACCUUCGGCGACUCGUCGGUCGACGUGGGCAACAACAACUACCUGCCCACCUUCUUCAGGGCGGACUUCCCACCCUACGGGAGGGACUUCGUGACCAAGCGGCCGACUGGGAGGUUCUGCAACGGCAAGCUCGCCACGGACAUUACCGGUGGGGAUUGUUGAAACCUCCUCGCCUGAGUAUUUUCUCCGACGUAAUCUUGUCCUUCGUCACUUAAAAACCUUGUGCUUGGGAAAAAACUGCAGCUGAGAGUCUGGGUUUCAGCGAGUACCCGGCGGCGUACCUUAGCCCCGAGGCUUCCGGGGAGAAGCUUCUCAUAGGAGCUAACUUUGCUUCUGCCGGCUCCGGUUAUUAUGACCAAACGGCCAUCUCUUUUGUAAGUAUGAGAGACAACGGAUAAACUUUCUGAAUAAAUAUGCUGCAUUCAUCGGCCUUCAUCAUCUCUAGUCACUUUCAUCACUGGAACUGGCAUAUUGAAUUCUCUCUUGUUUUGGCGGUUGAUAACCGAGCUCUUAUCAAUAAGCGACUUUAAAGACCCUUUCAAACAUGGUUGAUGUGUGACUCAUUGAAGACAUGAAAAUAAAUACUAGGAUGACACAAUUGUUUGGCUUAAUCAAUUACGCGUCAUUGUUAUAAAUUUUUCAUGAAAAAUAUUCCCUCUUCUGGAUGCGCCUUAAAAAAUGUAGCACCUGUACAAAAACAUCCUCUAAAUAUUUUUCAUAACGAAUGUCCAAGAUUUUAAUUUGCCCAUCAAUAGAAUAUCCAUGCAUGCGUCUAAAUCAGUUCAUAUGGGCAUACUUUGACGACAUGGGAUCUGUAGCCAUGUGCAUCGUCUUCCUGAUGGGGUACAGCUUAAGGGACGUAGAUCUGAAUUUAGGUGGUGGUAUGCUGUUGUGAGGGAAGAUUCUUGUCUUUCUUCCGGUCCCUUUCAAUAUGCCUGAGAUCUGCCUUGCGGCUGCAGCACGCGAUUCCCUUGUCCCAGCAGCUGGAGUUUUACAAGGAGUACCAGUCAAAGCUGGCGCCGGUGGCGCGCGAGAACACGUCCACCAUUCUAUCUGGGGCUCUCUACAUCGUGAGCACCGGCAGCAGCGACUUCGUGCAGAACUACUACAUCAACCCCUGGCUCAACAAGCUCUACUCCCCCGACGACUACUCCACGUUCCUCGUCGGUCUCUUCUCCAACUUCGUGAAGGUGAGCCCGCCGAUCUCUAGGAGCAGAAUCCCCUGCCGUCUGCCCUUUGCCGGUGCAAUCGCGAACGCCAAAGGGCGUCGUCUUCUUCCCUCGUUAAUAUCUAUGGUAGCCGAGGGAACCCUAAUCACAUGCUCAGCAGGCUCAGUUCAGAGCCACGGGGACUGUUGCUUUCUUUCGUUGCAUGUUUAAAGCCUCCCCCGAUCGUCAAGAAAGUCCGCCGGCUGGCUCUACAGCGAGGUGGUGUGGCCCCGCCCGGUGCGACGUUGACGGCCUGGCCAUGGGCCAUGGAAUUUAAUGAGACUCACACCCCUGCCCUCCGCAUCUACUGCUGCAGCCACGUUGUGCUGGAGACGGAGCUGUCCCCAUGCCUCUGGCCAUGAGCUGUGCCCACAGAGAGGUCUCUCGAUGUGUAGAAAGAAGAGUUAACUAACCUCCCACGCAAGAAUCCAUUGCACGGUUGCCACAGUAGACCUAGUGGGCGGGCAUAAUAUCUCUGAUGGCCUGGCCUGUGCAGGAUCUACACGGGCUGGGGGCUCGGAGGAUCGGCGUCACGUCCCUGCCGCCGCUCGGGUGCGUCCCCGCCUCCAUCACCCUCUUCGGCGGCGGGAGCAACGAAUGCGUAGCCAGGCUCAACGCCGACGCUCAAGGCUUCAACCGGAAGCUCUCCGCGGAAGUGCGGUCACUGUCCAAGCAUCUAUCCAACCUCAAGAUCGCGGUGUUCGACAUCUACAAGCCCGUCUUCGACCUCGUCCAGAAACCUUCCGAUUUUGGUAAUCCCGUCCCACAGAACCCAGGCGAGCGCGAGGCCUUCUUUCCGCUGCUGGCGUCUAACGUUCAGAGCUCGUCGGCGCAGGUUUCUUCGAGGCAAGGAAGGGCUGCUGCGGCACAGGAACCGUGGAGACAUCGGUGCUGUGCAACCCCAAGUCCCCGGGGACGUGUCGGAACGCCACCGGCUACGUGUUCUUCGACAGCGUCCACCCGUCUGAGUCGGCGAACCGGGUCCUCGCCGACUCCCUCAUCACCGAAGGAAUCGACCUCGUCACCUGA